CGGCCGCCGAGCACCGCGUUUUUUUUCUUUUCCUCAUUUUUGUCUUUUCCUUUCGGCGUAACAAUCCGCCCGUGUUCGCGGUGAAUAUGGACUUAAAGCAUUCACAUUUCAUCAUUUAAUCCCCGAAUAGAUCGCUAUGUUAGGUGAAGUAUUAAGCCUUAUAAUUUCUACAAAUUGUCAACUCUAGUAUUUAUUUUCGAUAUCGUUCCUCUUUCUCAGUUGAUAUGUCCUUCAAUUGUUAUAUAUAAAGUCCUCGCCGAAUCAUAUGUUCCAUUUAAACCAUACUAUCCUCUAUAUAGCGACAUUUUAUAUGAUGGAUGUUCACCUCUCAAUUACCUUUCCGCACGUAUAUAUUCUAGUUGCAACCACGAGCAGUUGUAAUAUAUGAUGAAGGCUUGGACAUGGACUCACGGAGGCUACCCUCAGGCAUUACAACAGUCCACGCUUCCGUCCGACACAGGGCCACUCAGGUCAUCUGAGAUUCGUGUGCGAAUAAAGGCUGCAUCGAUCAACCCCGUCGAUGUUCAGUUGAUGUCGUACCCCUUAAUAUCACAUCUUCCCGCUUUUCUUGUUCCGCCACAGAAGGGCGUAGGUGAGGAUUUCUCAGGCGUCGUUGAAGAAGCCGGACCAAACUCUGGCUUCAAGAUAGGUGAUGAAGUCCUCGGCAUCGCCCAAUUCCUUCCCGGGGGUACUCUUCAGGAAACAACCAAAAUUGACACCAGAGUAUCUGCAGUAGUGAGGAAGCCGGCUGAUUGGACCUGGGAGCAGGCCGCUGCUCUCCCGCUGGUCUGGCUUACGGCUCGAACGACCAUUUCCCGAGCAGAGUCACACGUGAAAAGCGGGAAGAUAGUUAUUCUGGGUGGUAGUUCCAGCUGCGGUAUGUACGCUGUCUAUCUUGCGAAGCAGCGUGGUUGGACAGUGAAAGCGUCGUGCUCUGGCCGCAAUGCCGAUUUCGUUCGCAGCAUGGGGGCAGACGACGUCAUCGACUACACAACUUCUAACGUCCGUGAACAAGUCAAGGCCUUCGCUCCCGAUGCUAUCAUCGAUUUUGUUGGAGGUACGGAAUGUCUAUGGAUCUCAAAGGCAUACGUUACUGUCGUUGGCGACAAAACUGACCGGCUAUCCCCGGGUGGCCGGUAUAUUUACUUCUGGAAUCCUCGGAUGCUCCUUCGUGCCAUUGCUGGGAGGAUAGGGUUUGGCCAAUCUUAUACCUGUAUCAAUCUAGAGUUUAGUACUUCCUUUUUAAAGGAAUUGCUGGAUCUACCGAAGGAUAAGAUUGUUAUUGACUCUGUAUUUGGGUUUGACCAAGUCAAAGAGGCAUUCGAUAAGCUUAAUACUGGGCGUGUAAGGGGGAAGUUAGUCAUCAAUGUCGCUACGUGAGGGGUUGAGGUAGUUUACUACUAGGAACUUUAGUAUAGGGGUAAUUUUGGUUGUCUAUGUGUGUAAUAGCAAGGGAUAUAGACGCCUAUUCAUAGAACGAAAAUUAACCCUUAAUCACUUCAGAAUGGCAUUACCCUGG